UAUUACAAUAAUUGUGAGCUAUGCACUUGCUGCCAAUUGCUUUGGUUCAGAAGAUGGGUAGUGAAGAAGAACUUAAUGGAGCAGCGCUCCCUCCACCACCGCCUGUUAUUCCUCUCGGCAUUACACCUGUUAAGGAAUCAGAGCUUGACAUACCAAAGAGUUCACAAGGACCAAAGCGGCUUCCUAUGGUUCGUUGUGGCUUGGGGUCCAAGGGACAAAAAAUACAGCUCAUAACUAACCACUUUCAAGUCAAGAUGCCUAAUUCUGAUGGUCAUUUCUACCAAUAUAGUGUUAAGAUGAGUUAUGAAGAUGGAACUGCUGUUGAAGCCAAAGGCACAGGAAGAAGAGUGCUUGAUAAGUUACAUGAAACAUAUGAAUCUGAGCUUGGCGGUAAGCAUUUUGCCUAUGAUGGAGACAAGACUUUGUUCACACUCGGAGCUCUUCCUUGUACCAAGGUUGAUUUUGAUGUCAUCUUGGAGGACCAACAAUCUAACAGAUCUGGUGGAAGGGGAGGAAGCCCUGGUGGGAGGGGUGGUAGCCCUACGGAAAAUGAAGACCCUAACGGUGAAAGGAAGAGGCUUAGGCGGCCACAGAGGUCAAAGACAUACAAGGUUGAGAUUACCUAUGCAACCAAGAUCCCUUUACAGGCGAUAACAAAUGCAUUGCGUGGUCAGGAUUCUGAGCAUUUUCAAGAGGCAGUGAGAGUUCUUGAUAUCAUAUUGAGACAGCAUGCAGCAAGACAGGGCUGUCUUCUAGUCCGUCAGUCUUUCUUCCAUAACGAGCCACGCAACUUCACUGACAUAGGCGGUGGAGUUCUUGGGUGUAGAGGAUUUCACUCAAGUUUCAGGGCUACCCAGGGAGGACUUUCUCUUAAUAUAGAUGUGUCAACUACUAUGAUUGUCCGGCCUGGCCCUGUGGUGGACUUUCUCAUCGCAAACCAAAAUGUUCGUGAUCCUUUCCAGAUUGAUUGGACCAAGGCUAAGAGAACGUUGAAAAACCUGAGAAUCACUGCCCGACCCUCAAACAUGGAGUUCAAAAUCACUGGUCUGAGUGAUCUACCCUGUAGGCAGCAAACGUUUGAAUUCAGGCAACGAAAUGGUAACGGGGACAGCCAGAGUGUCGAGAUAACCGUGUCAGAUUAUUUUUUGAAACACCGUGACAUCCGCUUGAAAUAUUCUGAUGAUCUUCCCUGUAUCAAUGUUGGCAAACCAAAGAAGCCUUCAUACUUUCCGAUUGAGCUAUGUGAUUUGGUUUCGCUGCAAAGAUACACAAAGUCUUUGUCUGGAUUACAAAGAGCAAGCCUUGUUGAAAAAUCACGUCAGAAGCCCCAGGAGAGGAUGAAAGUUCUGACUGAUGCCUUGACGAGUAGCAACUAUGCGGCAGAUCCGCUGCUCAACUCAUCUGGCAUCUCUAUCAAUACUCAAUUUGCUCGAGUUGAUGGCCGUGUCUUGCAACCACCUCAGCUAAGAGUCGGAAAUGGCGAGGAUUUCAGUCCUCGUAAUGGUAGAUGGAACUUCAAUAAUAAGGGAUUGUUCGAACCAGCUAAACCUUUACAGAACUGGGUAAUUGUCAACUUUUCUGCACGCGUUGAUAUGAACACCUUAUGCAGAGAUAUUGUGAAGUGUGGUCAGAGGAAAGGAAUGAAAGUAAGUGAUCCCUUUAAAGUCUUUAACGAGAACCCUCAAGAUCGAAGAUUGCCGGCUCCUGCAAGGGUGGAAAAGAUGAUGGAAAGUGUCAAGAAUGGACUCCCUGGUCCACCUCAAAUGAUUUUGUGCGUUCUUCCUGAGAGGAAGAACUGUGAUAUCUAUGGGCCAUGGAAGAGGAAGAAUCUAGCUGAAAUUGGUCUUGUGACCCAAUGCAUAGCUCCGACAAGGUUGAAUGAUCAGUAUCUCACAAAUGUUCUGCUGAAAAUCAAUGCCAAGCUUGGUGGACUUAAUUCUAUGUUGUCCAUCGAACAUUCAAGAAUGAUACCUUUGGUGUCCAAGGUUCCUACUGUAAUCAUUGGGAUGGAUGUCUCACAUGGCUCUCCAGGACGUGCUGAUGUUCCAUCAAUUGCUGCGGUUGUAGGCUCCCGAGGAUGGCCAUCCAUUUCUCGCUAUCGAGCGUCAGUGCGUACACAGUCUCCCAAGGUUGAGAUAAUAGAUGCCCUCUUUAAGCCUGUUCCUGGAACUAAUCAAGAUGAUGGCAUGAUUAGGGAACUGUUGGUUGACUUCUUUCAGAGCUCUGGAAAGCAAAAACCACAGCACAUCAUUAUAUUCAGAGAUGGUGUCAGUGAAUCCCAGUUCAGUCAAGUUCUGAAUAUUGAACUGGAUCAGAUAAAAGAGGCUUGCAAGUUCCUAGAAGAGAGCUGGGCUCCAAAGUUUACACUAAUUGUUGCACAGAAGAAUCACCAUACUAAGUUUUUCCAGCAAGGAUCUCCAGACAAUGUUCCGGCUGGAACUGUUGUCGAUAACAGCAUCUGUCAUCCCAAGAACAAUGACUUUUACAUGUGCUCACAUGCUGGAAUGAUAGGAACAACUCGGCCAACACAUUAUCAUGUGCUGCUUGAUGAGAUUGGUUUCUCAGCUAAUGAUUUGCAAGAUCUGGUUCAUUCGUUAUCCUAUGUGUACCAGCGAAGCACAACAGCUAUCUCUGUAGUUGCUCCUGUAUGUUAUGCGCAUCUUGCAGCCAGUCAGAUUGGUCAGUUCAUGAAGUUCGAUGACAUGUCUGAGACAUCUUCGAGUCAUGGCGGUGUAACAUCUGCGGGUAGUUUCCAAGUACCUCAACUUCCUAAGCUUCAUCCUAAUGUCAGCAGCUCAAUGUUCUUCUGUUAAACCACUUUGUUUCAUGCUUUUUGAGCCAAAUUUGAACCUCUAAUUUAAGUAUCCCACGUAGAUGCUCUAGCUCUUUUGGUACUUCUCAGGAUUUGAUUAACAUUUUGUUUAUGUAAGCGCUGUGUCUACAUGUUUGUGGGGGUUUCAAAUAUAUAACUCAAACAUUUUGGCUUCUCAAAGAGGAAGCUUCCUAAUUUAUU